CCGAGAGCGCUGGGAGGCGCUGGGAGGCACUGAAAGGUGCUGCGAGGAACUGGGAGUCACGGGAGCCACUGGGAGGUGCCCCCAGAGCCAUGAGGACCCUCGUGCUGCUGUGGGUGGCCCUGGCCGGAGCGGGGGCCCAGCUGCCGUGUCCUGAGGGGGGACCGUGCCCCGUCACCCCGGCCCUGCCUGCCCGCAGCGCAGUGGGAUGCCAGGAUGGCUCGUCCUGCCCUGCCAGCACCAGCUGCACCCUCCCUGAGAGCGUCCCCUGUGCCGGGGGCCAGCUCUGCUGUCCCCAGGGGUCCCGCUGUGGCGCUGACGGGGAGUCCUGCGUCCCAAACCCAGCCCCCCGUGCUGUGCCCUGUCCCGAUGGAACGUCCGAGUGUCCCGAUGACGCCACGUGCUGCGUGACGGCCGGCGGCGCCUGGGGGUGCUGCCCCAUGCCCCAGGCCUCGUGCUGUGCCGACAAGGUGCACUGCUGUCCCCACGCCACCACCUGCGACCUGGCCCGCGGGCACUGCCUGUCCCCCGGCGGUGACAGGGACGUCCCCCUGAGCACGGCCUUCCCCGCCUGGAAGCGCCAGCCCCCCGCCCCAGUGGAGCUGCGCCAGGUGCUGUGUCCCGGCGGCCGCUCGGCGUGUCCCGACGGAGCCACCUGCUGCCAGCUGUCCCCAACCGAGUACGGCUGCUGUCCCCUGCAGAACGCCGUGUGCUGCAGUGACAGGCAGCACUGCUGUCCCCAGGGCACCACCUGUGACCUGACCCGCUCCACCUGCACCUCCCUGGGGGGCUCCACAGCCCUGGUAGCGCUGCCCACAGCUGGUGAGAUCAAGUGUGACGAGGAGACGAGCUGCCCCGACGGCAACACGUGCUGCAGGCUCAGCUCGGGGGCCUGGGGGUGCUGCCCCCUCGAGCAGGCCGUCUGCUGCCCCGACCACGUGCACUGCUGCCCCCAGGGCUACACCUGUGACCCCGAGGGGGGCAGCUGCCUGCAGGGGGGGGUCCCCCGCCUGCCCUGGGUGAGGAAGACCCCAGCAUUGCCCCGAGGGGGACAGGUGACAUCAGGGAACGUCAAGUGUGACGAGGAGACGAGCUGCCCCGACGGGAGCACGUGCUGCCGUACCAGCCUGGGCACCUGGGGGUGCUGCCCCCUCGAGCAGGCCGUCUGCUGCUCCGACCACGUGCACUGCUGCCCCCAGGGCUACACCUGUGACCCCGAGGGGGGCAGCUGCCUGCAGGGGGGGGUCCCCCGCCUGCCCUGGGUGAGGAAGACCCCAGCACUGCCCCGAGGGGGACAGGUGACAUCAGGGAACGUCAAGUGUGACGAGGAGACGAGCUGCCCCGACGGGAGCACGUGCUGCCGUACCAGCCUGGGCACCUGGGGGUGCUGCCCCCUCGAGCAGGCCGUCUGCUGCUCCGACCACGUGCACUGCUGCCCCCAGGGCUACACCUGUGACCCCGAGGGGGGCAGCUGCCUGCAGGGGGGGGUCCCCCGCCUGCCCUGGGUGAGGAAGACGCCGGCACUGCCCCGGGGACAGGUGACAUCAGGGAACGUCACAUGUGACGAGGAGACGAGCUGCCCCGACGGGAGCACGUGCUGCCGGCUCAGCCUGGGCACCUGGGGGUGCUGCCCCCUCGAGCAGGCCGUCUGCUGUGGGGACCACAAGCACUGCUGCCCCCGGGGCUACACCUGCAACGUGGUCACCGAGAGCUGUGAGAAGCUGCUGCUGGCGCCCACCCCGCUGCUUCCAGCGCCUGCAGACCCCCGUGGGGCGCCCUCCCCCCUGCGCUGGGCACCCCCCGUGCCCCCCGCCCCGCUGCGAGCCGCCAGCGCCCACCCAGGUGCCCCCGUGCCCUGCGGUGCCACCAGCUCCUGCCGCGGGGGGCAGCGGUGCUGCCGGGCCCAGGGGGGCUCCUGGGGGUGCUGCCCCUUCGCCCAGGGUUCCUGCUGCUCCGACGGCCGUCACUGCUGCCCCGCGGGGUCCCGCUGCACGGGGGGGGGCUGGGGGUGCAGCCCCCAGCGCUGGGACUUGCCCUCCCCCCCCUCCAGGGAGCUGCUCUGAUGUCCCCUCUCCCCCGCCACCCUGAGUGCCUCCACCCCAAUAAACGGUUUGUAGGAGGAGCCCCA